UGAAGACGACUUACUUGGAGAAGAUUUGCUGUCUGGCAAAAAGAAUCAGUCGGAUUUGUCAGAUGAAGAGUUGAAUGAUGAUCUUUUACAGAGCGAUAAUGAAGACGAAGAAAAUUUCAGUUCUCAGGGUGUCACAAUUAGUCUGAACACCACAUCUGGCAUGGUCACAUCGUUUGAACUGUCUGACAACACUAAUGACCAGUCUGGAGAACAAGAAUCCGAGUACGAGCAAGGAGAGGAUGAACUCGUUUAUCACAAGUCCGACGGGUCUGAGUUGUAUGCUCACGAGUACGCGGAAGAAGGACAGUAUGAAGGCCACGGCGCUGAGCUGACGGAAGAGCACAUGGAGUAUGUGGACGAGCCGGAGGAGGGGCAACUGUACAGCGACGAGGUGUUAGACAUCGAGAUCAAUGAGCCUUUAGAUGAGUUCACAGAUGAAGAAUACUUGCAGGCUUGUGGGCAGCAAGGGAUGAAAGAGCAGGAAGACUGUGUUGCUGAAGCGGAAUUAGAUGAGAUAACUGAUUUCCAGGUUGCUCCUGAAACUGAAGAGGUAUUUGUUCAUCUUUUAAAGAGUCCAAAAGGAGGUAUGGAGACUUUGGAGUUGCAGAAGGACAUAAAAGAAGAGUCAGAUGAAGAGGAUGAUGACGAUGAAGAAUCAGGACGAUUACGUUUCAAAACUGAAAGGAAAGAAGGAACAAUUAUUAGGCUCUCAGAUGUAACUAGAGAAAGAAGAAACAUUCCAGAAACUUUGGAGCUUUCAGCAGAAGCCAAAGCUGCGCUGCUGGAGUUUGAAGAAAGAGAGCGUCAACACAAGCAGGGGCGCUACGGCUCGCGGCGGGGAGGACGGCGCGGGGGCGCCUCCGUGUGCCGCGGAGUGGGAGACCAGCGGAGAGAGGGCAGCGACCGCGGGAGAGUGAAGGACCACCGGCCCGCCCUGCUCCCCACGCAGCCCCCGGUCGUGACGCACUCUCCAAGAUUAAUUCCUCCUCCACAGCCUCAGCCUGCCCCGCCGCCGCCGCCGCCACCUCCGCCGCAGCAGCCGAUCAGAAGUCUGUUCCAGCAGCAGCAGCUGCAGCCUCUGCUUCCCCUGCAGCACCCGCACCACCCCUCCCCUCCUCAGGGGAUGCACAUGCCGCCCCAGAUAGAGGCCCCGAGGGUGAUGAUGACUCCUCCUCCCGCGACCCCCCAGCAGCCCAAGAACAUACACAUAAACCCCCACUUCAAAGGGGCGGUGGUGACGCCCGUGCAAGUGCCCUUGCUGCCAGUCCCGAGCCAGCCGAGACCUGCUGUGGGACCCCAGAGAUUCCCAGGCCCUCCAGAGUUUCCACAGCACACACCUGGACCUGUUCCCAACAAUUUCAGCCAGCCCCCGCGGCUUCCUCUUCAGGACCAGUGGAGGGCCCCACCCCCUCCCCAGGAGCGAGACCCCUUCUUCUUAGGAGUUUCAGGUGAACCGAGGUUCCCAAGUCAUCUCUUCCUGGAGCAACGAAGUCCCCCGCCACCACCACCACCUCCCACGCUUCUUAGCAGUGGUCACCCGGUGCCCACGCCCAGUCCCUUACCGUUCACCCAGCCCGGACCAGCGUUUAAUCAGCAGGGGCAGCAGCCCGUGUUCCCCAGAGAGAGGCCCGUGAGGCCAGCCCCCCCGCCACCAGGUCCGGUGGGGAUUCUCCACUUCAGCCAGCCGGGGCCCGCCGCCGCACGGCCAUUCCUUCCGCCUCGACAGCCCUUCCUGCCCGGCCCUGGACAGCCCUUCCUGCCUGCCCACACACAGCCUAAUCUUCAGGGGCCCCUGCACCCGCCGCUGCCUCCUCCACACCAGCCCCAGCCGCAGCCGCAGCCCCAGCCGCCACUCCAGCCGCAGCACCAGCCCCCGCUCCAGCCGCCCCCGCAGCACCAGCCCCCGCCCCAGCCGCAGCACCAGCCGCAGCAGCACCAGCACCACCACCACCUCUCUGUCCCGCCUCCGCCCCUGCUGCCCAUGGCCCAGCCGCAGUUCAGGCCUCACAUGCCGACGGCUCAGCCUCAGCCGAGCGCCAGUCGCGUGCAGUGCCCCCAGCGCCAGGGGCUGAGGCAUAAUUCAGCUUCUCAGAAUGUAACCAAACGACCAAUGCAGCAGAUGCAGCCAACUGCUCCAAGAAAUAGUAACUUGCGUGAAUUACCAAUAGCACCGUCACACGUUAUAGAGAUGAGUAACAGUCGCUGCUCCUCCACACCCGCGGCCCAAGUGAAACCCACCGUCGGCACAUCAGCACCCACGAGGCCCGGGGCGGGGCCCAGGAGCACGCAGGGGAAGGCUGCGGUGGCGGCCAAGCCAGCCAGCCCUGUGGUUCAGCCUAAAGAAGAAGCAAAGACAGAACCCGAGUUUCCUGAUGAAGAUGAAGAGACAAGGUUAUACCGCUUAAAGAUAGAGGAACAGAAGCGCCUCCGGGAGGAGAUCCUGAAGCAGAAGGAGCUGCGGCGGCAGCAGCAGGCGGGCGCGCGGAAGAAGGAGCUGCUCGAGCGGCUGGCGCAACAGCAGCAGCUCUGCCCACCCUCGGCCCCGGCCGAGCCGGAGGAGCCGACAGCUUCGCCAUCACCCACCAAUGGUACCCCGCUGCUCCCCUUCCCGGGGGCACAGGUCAGACAGAAUGUGAAAAACAGACUUCUCAUGAAAAACCAAGAUGUCACUGUUUCAAACGUUCCGCCCAAAACAUCAAAUUUUGUGCCAUCUGGUGCUAACGUGCAGUAUCAAGGACAACAGAUGAAACCACUGAAACAUUUGAGACCGGCCAGACCCAUACCUCAGAGUCCAGCUCAGCACAAAGUCCUGCAGGUAAAACCUGCAGAUGGCGAGGGGCUGCCACCCCCUUCGCAGACUGCUCGAGUGGCGUCCCUCCAGGGCCGGCCCCCGGAGGUCAAGCCUGGCGCGAAAAGGACUGUCAUGCACCGGGCCAACAGCGGUGGCGGAGAUGGGCCGCACGUCAGCUCCAAGGUCAGGGUGAUUAAGUUGUCAGGCGGGGGAGGAGAGAGCGAUGGCUUUUUUCACCCAGAGGGCCAGCCUCAGCGGCUCCCUCAGCCCCCAGACGUGAGACAGCAGCCUGCCCGCAAGGUGACGCUGACCAAGGGUGCCCUUCAGCAGCCCCAGCACCCGCCGGUGGGCGCCCACAUGCACUCGGCCGGCCCUCCAGGCAUCAAGAGCAUCCAAGGAGUUCACCCGGCCAAGAAGGUCAUCAUGCACGGCCGAGGCCGAGGAAUGGCCGGCGCGAUGGGCCGGGGCCGCCUGAUGCCGAAUAAGCAGAACCUGCGGGUGGUGGAGUGCAAACCUCAGCCCUGCGUCGUGUCUGUGGAAGGGCUUUCUUCCUCCACUACUGACGUCCAGCUGAAGAGCCUGCUGAUGUCGGUGGGGCCCAUUCAGAGUUUACAGAUGCUUCCCCAGCAGCGGAAAGCCAUCGCCAAGUUCAAGGAACCAGCCCACGCGUUAGCAUUUCAGCAGAAAUUCCACAGGCAUAUGAUAGAUUUGUCCCACAUAAACGUGGCCCUGAUUGUUGAGUGAUUUCUGGCAGGAGAGGCUGCCCUUAACGCCGCACACACGUGGUGGAGUUUCUCCGUGGAAGCUGCCGGCGCAGAGUCCCCACGCGCCUAGGCCUCUCCGCCCUCGGUCCUGCGUGACUUGCCCGGAGCGCCCGGCGGCCAGCACUGGCUCCAGGAGGGCUGAACCUCCGGGACGUGGUGGACCGGGGCUGGUGUUAGAGUGCUGCGAAGUCUGCCGCCACCACAAAGGACUACAGUUCUCGUUCUCUUUUGUUUCCAAAGUGCUUCCAGUGCAUGGCGACGUUGUUCUUUGUGACCUUACUGUGUGGUCGAUUUCAGUGGCUUAGGUUCAGGAACGAGCAUUAACGUCACGAAUUCUCAGUAUUUCUCUCAGCAAAGAAUAUUUGAUAAUGGUUGCACUUAUCUUCAGUGCAGGCUAGACAAGCAUUUUCUCAGCCAGGCUUCACUUGUGUUCUUCUGAGAAAGCCCUCAAAGGCUCUUGUAAAAACGUAGAUUAAAAUUCGGGUGAUUAUGAUCGACAGUCGCAUAUCCUGGAAAGCAGGGUAUGAGGGUGGUUGGGAGUGGUGCCAAUUGUGUGGCCGAUUCUGCUUCUUGUAAAUAUUCCAAAAGCACCAACUGUAUGUCCCUAGUUCCGAAGGGAACACCCCUUUUUGCACUCUUUCCGAAUGAGGCGGAGAUGCUGGCAGGGCCACCACGUGCCCGGGCUUAGAGCAGGGGUGGGGGGCGCGCUCGCUCGCCGCCCUGGCCGGGCCCCCUCCUAGGCCGGCCGCGCCGCGCACCUGCCAGGUGAGGUGGGGGGACGGCCCCAAGUGCUGACAGACCUGUUGGGUUUCCCCUCUUUGCACAUGCACGUCACUAGCUCUGUGACACAUGGGACGUUCUCUGGGGACCUGGUUAGCACUGCUUAGGUUAGCUUUCUCUUUUUUUGGAAGGCCUUUGAGCAGGGGCCGUGCUGUCCUUCAGUGGACCCAGGAGCCGGGUGGCGUUUGUGCUGGCGGGGUGCUGUCCGCAGCGUGUGGCGUGAGAGCAGCCGUAGCGAUUGAGCUCUGGUUAGGCUCCUCCAGGUGAGACUCUCCCUCCCCGUAGAGCCAUCUUAGUAAAAUCCGUUCUGGGCAAACACUGGAAAAAAGUGCCUUAUUGUAUUUCUGCUCGUGAAAGAGUUUCACUAUUUUGGAUUUAUUCUAAAGUGGACCUAAACUAUUUGAGCAAACGAUAGUGGGGCAUACUCAGCCUUUUAAGCUAUAUUUUAUACCUAAGAUUUCAUGGCCGAUUUAUUAACAGAACGAAGGGAAAGACAAGCCUCUGCUCACCGAGUGCCUCUGGUGAGCCCGCCGAGGGCCGGACGUGGCCAGGAGCUGUCCGCAGCAGGCGUCCCUGUCUCUCGGCCUUCCCGUGGGAGCUGAGACACAGGUCUUGUGGACUUGUGUCUUAUGUUCACAGUUGAAGUUUUGUGUGACUGUGUGAAAUUAAUUUGCCGGAGCUAGAGGAGAGUAUUUUAGACCCUGUGAGACUAUCUGUAGCCUUGAUUCCAGAACGGCAUUGUGUGCCUAGCGUGGGCCUGGCAAGUGGAGGUGGCUGUCGGUGGUUGCUCUUCUGAAGAUUUCUGCCUUAGGAAGCUGUAGGCACUCGUAGAACGUGCUGGAACACCCUCCGCUGAGGUGCCUGGCCACCCGGCCACCCGGGUUCCAGAAGGCCCCCGACUAACCCUCGGAGGACAGUGUCGUGUGCCGUCCCUGCCUCCAGAUGCUCAGCAAGCUGACCGAUGGUCAGCGCGGGGCACCUUCCUCGGCUGCUUGGCCCGCGCGGCCGCGGUCCCCCGUUCCCGUGGGUGCGUGCAGAUGCCUGUAGAGUGAAAAGCGUAGUUUCUUUGGCUCCGUCCACAGAGAGUGGCAUGGAGAUGCCGAGUGGAGUGGCCUGUAGGCUUUAGUUAGGAGGGACCCAGGCCACUUGCCCACACCGGGCAGCAGCAGGGCUCGCAGUUAACGGACUUCUUUCACCAUUGAGGACUUAAUGAUGCGAUCAAAUGACUAACAAAUUUUUACCACUUUCUGAAGUUGUCUGAGUGUGCUGUGGCUCUGAAAUUGAAAAUUCGCACGUUGUCCCUGAGAGUAGCCAUUCAGACGUGCUUCUUUCUAGUCUUGAUAAGGAGCCCGUCCUGUCUGGGCCCCGCUGCUCAAGGCAGACCUCCUGGCCGCUUCCAGGUCUGCUCUUGGCAUUGUCCGAGUGUGACAUGGGCGCCCUGGGACGUGUGUGUUCUGUAACUGUCCGCACACACAAGCAAGCUUUCUCUUGAUACGUUCUUGAAAGAGCAUCGAAUCGAACUGGGCCUUUCAGAAAGGACUGUGUAGAAAGGUCCCAUGCAGUCGGCCCCCUGACGCACGUGGUCCCUGGGCUCGGGCUCUGUGAGUGCCAGCUGGGACCGGUAACAAAGGCUUAGUUUCCUUGGAGGAACCUGUGGAAAAGGAAAGAAGCAGAAUUAGAAAGUAACGUUCCUUCCACUUCUGGUGCACUUCUCGCAGUGAAGUCAGACCACCGUAAGCUGAGCCCUCUUGGAAGAUCUGUUGCAACCAUUAUCUUUGUUCUUUAUUUAUCAUGCAUUUAAAAUGAGAUGCAGAAGCAUUUAACAUACUGUGUAAAUAUGGACCUUUUAAAAUUAAAAUGUUAUUGGAAAUGCUUUCAAUUCAGCAACAUCUUAGCAAUUUGUUAGUUCUUUUGUGUUGUCUUAUCAGAGUUUAAUGGACACAGUUCCAUAAUUGUUGAUGUGUUUGUGUGUAUAUUCGAUUUUUAUAAAGAUGGUAGUAAGUCAAUACAUUUAUCCUGACCUGUGUAUUAUUUGUUCCCAAAUUCAAGAAGCCAGUAAAUACCAGUCUGUCUCAUGAGGUAGAUACUGUAGGUGGUUAUAUGCAGCUGAGUUACUUUUUCUUUCUGCAUUAUCUUGUUUUGAUUUUAUGCUGUAAUGUGAGCUCACCUAGCUGAUUCUCUGGGCAUAACCUUGCAUUACCUUUGGUCUGGCCACAUCUGUUAAGUCCUUACGUUGAUAGUCUUCCAGGGGAAAUCUCUCUUUUUUCCAGAAGAAAUGUUGAGGGUCCCCCUUUGGGGACAGGCAGCAUCCUAGGGAGGUGCCUGCGCCCUCUCCCCCCGGGGAGGGGGAGGGGAGGGUGGGGGAGGGGCUUCAUCAUAACUCUUCCUCAUCUGGGUUCCUUCUCAUGAUUGUAAAGGUCCUGGAUAAAUGAUUAUUUAUGCUUCAUUCUGUAGCGUGUUUGCAUGGUGACAGCUUAGAUCCUGCACCGAGGGGUCUUUUUUUAAAGAGCAUUUUGCUGAAUUAUGCAAGUAGGCCUUGUUGCUGGAAGGAGGCUGGGAGAGUUGUCCAGGGUGAAGGGGAAGGAGCGGUGGACGUGGGCGAGGAGCGGUGGUGGAGAGCGAAGGGGGUGCCAGGAGUUGGUGUCGGUAGCGAGCUGCCCUCAGCGCGCUGGCUCCGGAGGGCAGUCAGCGGCCCAGUGGAGAAGCACGCGGGCGGGUGGGCACACGGUGGCCUCGGUAGAUGUCUGCGGGACGCCGCUGGCCAGAGGAUGGGGGCCCGGUGGAGCGCGGACCUCAGACAGAGGAGGCCCCGCAGCUGGUGCGGAGGGCGGAUGAGACCCGAGGCCGGCUUUGUGUUGGGAACCGAACACUUCCUUUCUUUUUUUUUUUCUUUUGGCUUGUGGUUUUUGUUUUGUUCCGUUUUUUGUUUUUGUUUUUUGUUUUGAAUUUUAUUUCUUUGUUGUUUAACUGAAGGUAAGCUCAGUGUGCUUGUGACUGACAGGGACCCUACAGAGAAGUCAGGUUUUGGUGGCGGCCUGUGUGCAGAGCACCCGGGGCUGUUCCGGGGGGCUGUGGAGCCCUCGAGCCCCCCUUGCUUCCCUCCCUUAGCUUCCCAGAAAGACAGCGUGCCCGGUGGUCCAGAACCACGUAGGGCCUGUUGCCCUCGGCAGGUGGCUUCGGGCCGGCCGGCCGGCCGUGUCUGUCCGCAGGGUAGAGCUGCUUCACUUCAGGCAGGCGAGCGCCGCCCCCGCAGCCCCACCACAGCCCUGCACCUCGUCCUUUGUUUGUGUAGGGGUGGGGGGCUGAAAGGUAUUGUUGAUUCUUCACAGGUUUUUAAGUGACAGUUUUCUCAAGGGGAUUAACCUUAAUUAGCAGAGGGAGGGGGUGUCGAUACCUCCCACCCCCCACGGAGGAGACGCAGGCGCUCACACCGGUUAGAGGGAAAGUUUAGCGAUUUUACUGUAUUUAAUGAGCAUUUCAGUUAACCUUCCAACUGUUUUUAAAACUGAGUCAAGUGUUGCUUUGGACGUUGGUGACUAUGAACUCCCCGAAGGCGGUCAGCCUUGAUCUACUCCUGAAUCCUAAGGAUUUUGUGUAAGGUUUUUUUGCAACCUACUUAAUUUUCCUCAUUUUGAAGUGCCCGUGGUUUUACGUGCUAAAACCAAACAAAACUCACUGAUUCAUAUUGGAUCCCAGGGGUACCUUCUUCUGCAGCGUGUGGCUGGGAAGGACCAUUGGUUUACACGUGUAACCUGCCCUUUCUGGAGAAUGUUUAAAAAACCUUAACUCUCUUUUCUGUGCCAUGUUUUGGUAGGAAAUCUUCCCGUUAAGAAGAUGGGCAGGCAGGACGGGUGUUUUUAUUGAAAAGUUGCUACUUUCUUUUACUUCCAAUAGACAAAAAUGUAAAAAGGUCUUCAUGUGGGUGUUCUGCUGUGUUUUAUUUCACUAAUUUUGGAAGGUAUGUAGAAGAAUAUAGGCCCUUUAAAAAGGAAACAUCAUGUAGUUUUUAACUUUUAGUAUUUUCCACUGAGUGGACAGACAGCUGUCCUGCUUUAAUACAUUCUGUAUGUAGUGGUUUAGUAGACUCUGGGACGUGGGUCUCUUAACCUUCUUUCAGCGUGAUUUUCUUUUAAACUCUUUUUCAUUUAAGGGCACGUAGUGGAACGUGAUUUGUGAAGGACUGUUUAAAUUUCAUGCACCCGCAGUGCCGUCUCAGAGUAUAUAAUUCUAGGUUUUUAAAAUAACACGUGCACAACACGUUCAUACUGUUGACUGAAGAGCCAGUAAUCGCUUGUUUUUAUGAUUCAGCUUUGCUUUUCACAGGCAUGGGAUCCAGAAUUGUUUUUCCUCUGUGAGGAUUUUAACUCUGAGGCUUUCAUCCCGCUGUUUAAUUUUCAGGUUCACCAGCAACAUGGUCCAAAAUCUGAUUUUUUCCUUUUUCAUUUUGGAGCUAGUUCCCUUUGCUGGGCGUUCCCAGCCCCGUCCUGCUCCUGCUGCUGAGUGGCUGGGCCGCCAGCCCGGCUCCCACACCCUCCUUCCUUCCCUGGGCCUUCCCCACGCACCUCCCCCCGCCCCCCCGCCCCCGUCGUUGGGUCCCUCCCGUCCCCAGAGGCCUGCCUUCUUCCCCCGUCCUUCCCUGGGGUCCCUUCUCUCCUCCCACUCCUCCUGGGGCAGUGAUGGCUGCUCCAGCUGCUCUGUCCAGCGUCAACAUUCACAGCUGCACUCGGGGCUGCCGGUGUCAGGUCUGUGCCGCGGCCACAGCGCGGUUGCAUCUAAGCCUUUGCCUUGACAGGUUUUACUGCUGGUUUGUCCCUCCAGGCCUUUGGUUGGCGACAGUGACAUCUGGACUCUGUUGUUUUGCAGUCUGCCCAGGAGUGGCGCUCCGUGGGAGCAGCGUCCCGCAGCCUCUAACCGCCCUCUGUUCUCACCUUCCUUUUGCAGGAGCUCCCUUGCGUGAGUUCAGGCUAGCGCAGGCCUUACUGCGCUGGGACGCGCCGGCCCGUUUGACCUUGUUGCGCUGGCUGACUGUGACCUUCCUAACCUUAGUGCUAGGCGCCCUGACUGGAGUCCACGCGGUUUGUGGGCGGUGCGUUGCGAGUUCAGAAGUGGGAGAUGGUGAAUUGCUCUCUGCUGGGUUGACCUACUCCUGUUUUCUGCCAAACACACGCCGCGUACGUGUGCGGGAAGCGCUGUGCCUUUUGUUCCCCGCUCUUCCCUUUGCUCUAAUCACUGUGACAGCGCCCUCAGGAACAUUUGUGAAGCGCACUUGCGACAUGUUACAGGACAUGAACAAAUGUACUCUUGUGUGUAUCAUGUGUGUGAUUCCGUGCUGAAAACUGUGCUUUGGACUGUGUUGUAAUUGAAAGACGUGUUAAUAAAACAUCUUCUCAUUUCCACUUC